CCAUAAUGCACGACAGGUCGCAUAAAAGUAUUUUCAAUACAGGUUAUGAGGGUUAUCACCCAUAUAGGCCGUGGCAAAUACAAACGACCAUCGCUCUGUUAGCAUGUGUGAUUUCCGUCAUUUGCCUUAUCAAGACGAGAAAUACAGCUGGUGCAAGAAUGUUAAAGUGGCUCACAAUCAGUGUAUACUGUUCUCUGCUGUCAGGGAUCUUAUCUCUAGUGCCAGCGGGAACUGUCGCAGACAUUGUGCGUUCUAGUGAGGAUGAGCAGUCCCUAUUUCCGUAUUCACUGCUUCUUACUGGACUCGGCGGUGUCCUUGCUUUGGUAAUAUCUCUCAAAUCUUUAUAUUAUGUGCAGUCGAGGCAGACGACAAAUGAACAAGGAUUCCAUUUAUUCUCAAUCUGAUAACAUCGUUUGUAUCUUUACAUGAAAGGAUGUCAGAUCGACUGGGGUAAAAAUCAGUGCAUACAGCUAUAUAUCAUGGUGAAUGCUGUCCUUCUGAUUUUGAAAUAAAUAGAAACUUUAGUUAUACAAAAGUUUGCUUUUUCUCCUCAAAUGACAUGCCUUUACAAUGUAUGAUUACACAAUUUAUCGUAGCAUGUAAUGACGACACCAAUGGACAUUUAAUUGCGUUUACAAGUUUGUAUAAUAUUGGUUAUAUCGCAAUAUAUACUAUAAAAAUG